AUGCCAUGGGCGCCAGCUUUGCCACACCCGAACUCCAACACGCCCGCAAUCAACAGCAAUAUAACUGGCAACAACAAUAGUCCGAUGGAGGAGCCCCAAAGAUGGGUCAGCGGUGGAGAGGGUACUACUUUGACAUCGUUGGCGGUACCGACGAUAUCUGCAAACGACACUUCGGCGUCACGAUUCCGUGCUCUACCCCGUGGUGGUGACCCCUCGGGUCCGACGCUAGCCUCAACCGGCGUGACUUCGUCGGUACACCAAGAGGUCUCGUCUUCAGGGAUCGUAGGCCACCAAGAGAGCGCGAGCGAACAACUCCACCACCAAGAUCCCUCGUUAUUGGCCCAGCAACGCUGGUUCCCUCCCAUCAACUACCUCGGCGCCGGCGCCUCGGGACCGUCCUCGCGCAAUCGCUAUCAUGCAGCAAGCGAACAAUUCGCAUCUGAUCAAGGAUCCCCAACGCUCGGUACAGCUACCACGGCUAACUCGAGCCGAUUGACCGAUCCUCGGGCCCAACACCAAGGACAUUGCGGCGAUGCACGACAGCUUCAGGCCCCGGGUGCGCCAGUGUCCAGCGACGCCUUAAUGAGCUAUGAUACCUUUGUAAGUCAAGAUCCCGGCCGUGCGAACCACACGUUACGAUGGUCUCACACUAGUUCUGACCGCUCCACCAUCCGGACUUUUUGUUUCUGCCGUUCGGUUCGGCCUCCCCUCCGGCGACCCCCGCGCACGUGCCCUUGAAAACGACCUCCUUUCGUUUUGCGCGCACUCUUUUUCGCUCCCUCUCUCGCGCUUUUGCUCGCUAGCGCGAUCCGGCGUCGCCUCAAGGUUCCAGCAGCGUCGCUUCUCCCAACGCGCCGUGGUCACCCGCGUCGACGAGUCAAGGUUCACCGAAUCGAGGAGGAUACCUUGACCACGUGCUCACACCCUUCGACCACUCUCUCUUUGCCCAAGGCGGUAGCAGCGGUGGUGGUGAUGGUGGUGGUGGCGCAGCGGCCUCGUCAGCGUCGGUGUCGGUGUCGGGGGCGGCGGGUCCGGUACCAGCCCCAGGAACGCCCGGCUCCUCGUCGACGUCGUCUCCUGGACUCGGGGGUGAGGCCGCGGCCCCCGCUGCAGGCAAUCCCUCUUCGAUCUUCGGCGGCGGUGGCGGUGAUGGAACAAGCGCACCCGUCUUCGACCCGCUGGAACAUUACAUCUCGUCGUUCGGCCCCUUCUCGGCUCCCUCGGCCUCGAGCUGGAUGCACUUUGAGCACGCUGCUUCCAGCGGCGUUCGCCCUCGCUCAUUCUCGCAUUCGCACGAGGUCGCGAGUUUGUUCGCUCCUCAGGAGAUGGGCCGAAACAACGUCCUCGGCCUGAUCGUCACAUCCUCUCCUGCGCCAGCGGGUACGAGUACUCUGUGCUCUAACACGGCUGCGACGCCAACGAUGAUUAAGCGGUUCGAGGACCACCAUUUCCAACAUCAUUCGGCCGGACCUACGAUGACGGCGACCCGCUCGUUCUCGAGCAACAGCGCACCGCCUUCGUUCCCUCUCGCUCUCCCGGCGUUACCUGCGAUGACCAAUCCGGGCGAGAACCGUCGUGCCUCGCUCCCCACGAUCAACCACGACGUUCGACGCGACUUGUUGAACCGCAGCAUGUCGAUCAGGAACGGUCCCAAUUACUCUCUGCCCAUCCCUUACCUCCCAUCGAAUCGCGCCUUUGACUCCUUUGAAGGCGGCAGCAACUCGGCACACUUCGGCGGCGGCGGCCAUUUCCACCCCCAGCAACCCGAUGGGACGGAGACGUUGAUCUCGAACGAGAUGCAUCCCGAGUCCCCUCCUUCUCCCUUUGCCGGGCACGAGUCGCACUCGCCUUCCUCGCCCGAUUCGUACCAUCACUCUGCGAGGAAGGGAGGCGUUGGGACGGGAGGCAGUCGCCGUCCGAGGUCGAGCAAACGAAGUCCCAAGCACAACGAACGUGGCGAGCGCAUCUCGCCUGUGACGGGCAAGCCGGUGAGGUUGUUGAGAAAGAGGUCGUUCCCACCCAAGGAUGCGGAGAAGCGAGUCUAUGUUUGUACCAUCACGGGAUGUAGUAGGCGAUGUGAGUAUUGGGUUCCGGAGGAGACGAGGGCGACCCUCUUUGCUGACCCUUUUGGUUGGCCCUUUGACAUCUGCAGUCGGGCGUCCCUCGGCUCGAGAUACCCACGUUCGAACUCAUACCGGAGCCAAGCGUGAGCAGAUUUUUAGCCAUUACCUUCAAGGUGAAGAGACUAACGCUGGGUCUCGCGUCAUCUCAGCCUACGUCUGCCCAGUCGCAAGCUGCGCUCGUUCGUUCAGGUACGUUGAUCAGUCGGAACGCAGACCCUGAUGCGAUCAAAGCCUGAAUAUCGACUUUUGUCCCGCAGCGUGUUCAGCAAUCUAAAACGACACAUGAUUGUGAGUCAUUGGUCUAAGACCCACUCACUAAAUUCGAUACUGACAUGUCGCUCCAUAGAUCCACCCUUCGCUUGAUUUUCGCAACGUCUCGGUCCAUGACCUACCCAAGAUUCGUUGCCACGAGGACGGCAACGACCUGCGCCUCGAAUGGCUAUCGACCGACGGAGAGCCAUCGUCACCCACGGUGACUGACACUACUACCCAGCAGAGCAAGUUUUUUGAGAGGGUGUGA